AUCAAUGACUUGAAGGAAGAAUUAGAACAUGAGCUCCGUCAACAGCUGCGAAGGCAAGCAGCUGCUCACAACGACCAUCUUCAGGAAGUCUUGCUUGCCCAACAGAAGGAGAUGAGUCGCAAACAUGAACUUAAUGUGAAGGACAAGCUUCUGCAGGAGAAAACCCGUCAGCUUUCUGAACUAGCUGAUGCCAUCACAAAGCUAAAAAGCAUAGAAGUCACUGUAAAGGCUCGUGAGCAGCUUGAUACAGCAGCCAGGAACGCCCAGAAAUUGUGGUUAGCAUGUCAGGCAUUGAAGCAAAGUAUUAAGUCUGACCAGGGAGGACACGACCAGCCUAAGCCUUUAUCUAGUGAAAUAAUGGCCAUAAUGGAAGCUGCAGAAGAAGACAAACCAUACGUGUCAGCUGUCUUAGCUGGCAUACCUCAAGAAGCUGUGCAGAGGGGCGUCUUCACUGAAGAGAGUUUGAAAGAGCGCUUCCAUAAGGUGAGUAAAGUUUGUCGACGGGUUGCACUUGUUGAUGAAAAUGGUGGUUCUCUCUACCAGUACCUAGUGUCCUUUCUGCAGUCAGUUUUAGUGAUCGAAUCUGCCAAAAUCCCUGUGGGUGAAUUAACUGGUAAAACUGAAGUGGACCCAUCUCAAUGGCACACUUUCGACAUCCUGACUCGUAUUCGCCACUGUUUAGAAAAAGAGGAUUUGGAACAGGCCCUUAGAUACGCAAAUCAGUUAAAAGGAGAACCAAGAAACUUAGCACGGGACUGGAUUAAGGAGUUGAGGUUACUUUUAGAAACUAGACAGGCAGCCGAUGCAUUAAUAGUUCAUGCUGCAGCAGUCAGUGUUCAAGCAUAUCAUUGAAUAAAUUAAAACCUUAUAGAUCCAUUAAUGAAAGUCGAGUUACAUGUCAAUUGUAUCAUUGAAUACAAUGUAGGCUAGUUAGGUCACUUCAUCAGUAACAGGUUGCAUCAUAUACAGAUAGUUAAUACCUCCAUUUUCUCCCCUGGUUUUUUUUUUUUGUAGGAUGUGUUGGUUGGUAACACUUUUAUAAGCAAAUAAUUUUUAUGAUUUUAGGGGAAAGAGUCACUAAAAUUUUGUUUACUCUUAAGUGUGUAAUCUGUGAAAUUAGUUUUAGAAGUAACAUUUAUACAGAGAGUUUAAGUAUUCAGGAAAAUUUCUUUUAAUUUGAAAGAUGGAGAUUGUUUUUCUUUUCUUACUAAUUAAAUCAAACAGCACAGUAAAUUAUAAUUUAAAAGGCCAUAUUUACGUAAAAUCAAACUUUUAAUCAAAAGACCCAGUAGAAUUUCAUUUUCCAUAUUUACUUGAAAUAGCUGGAUGGGUUUAUAUCAAAAAGUUCAACUUCUAGAGGUUGAAAAUUCAAGUACUGAAUUCCUUUGUAGAUCGUUGAAAACUCCAUCAGUUUAUGAAGUUUGUAAUAUGAAAAAUAAAGAGUUGUUGAAUUUCA